AUGGGGCGACUUAUUGACAUUGUUCGUGUUCAAGAUACUAGUGCUUCAUCUCUAAAGGAGGCAAUUGUUAAUUUACUUGCUCAACAAUCUUUGAGUUCAUCACGUGUGCAUGGACAAUGUUAUGAUGAGGCAAGCAAUAUGCAAGAACUUAAUGAUUAUUUUGAUGAGCUGAGUAUCGAUUUGCUUCAUGGAAUUGCUUGCUUAAAUCCAAUUAACUCAUUUUUAAGUUUUGACAUCAAAAAAGUAAUGAGAAUGGUGGAAUUAUAUCCGGAUGACUUUGAUGAAUCUAAUAUGAGUUCUCUUGAGAAUCAACUUGCAAGUUACAUUGUUGAUGUUCGUGAUGUUGAUGAAAGGUUCUCCGAUCUAAAUGGGCUUUGUGAUCUUUCCAAAAGAUUAGUUCAGAUAAAGAAACAUUCUAAUUAUCAUUUGGUAUUCCGCUUAGUGAAACUUGCUCUACUUCUAUCAGUUGCCACUUUCUCCAUUGAAAGAGCUUUUUCGACAAUGAAAGUUUAUCAAGAAUGA